AUGUUCAAUGUGGAGGAUCACUACGGCGCGCACAUGAAGAAGGAAACAAUCAGGGCGCUUUCUCAGCCAUUUGCAUUAACAAACAGAGACAUAAAAAUCUCAAAAAAGAAGCAGAGCGCAGCAAUCCCCGCCAUCGAAAAAGAAAAAAUAAAGUACAAAGACUUUGCAAAGAUAAACGAGAUGUUUGGAGAAUACCUGACUGCACUGAAGGGGACGAUGAGCCCGUCCACUUUUGUAAACAAGAUGUAUAUGUGCGAACUAACCGGCGCAAGGAUUAAAGUUAUAGGGGGAAGAGCGGGAAUUAUUGUUGAGGAGAGAGUCAAUUCGAUAAUUGUCGUCCUAGAAGAUGACUCUGUGAAAACCUACCUAAAAAAAAGAACUGACUUUGCGAUUACUCAUGACGGAGUGGAGUACAUAUUCAUCGGAUCUAAAAUGAAGGCCAACAGGUUUGUAAGGAAGUAA